CGACUUGAGAGAUUGAUGGUUUGGAUGGAGGGAGCCAAGUGUCUCGUUGAUCAUUGGAAAGCUCUCAAGUCACCACCUUAUACCACGCUGAUAACUAAAUGUUUUCUUUAUAUUUCUUCUUCGCAUAUAGUCCAUCGUCCACCACGCAGUUAUGUGUUCAGGAAACAAAUACUAUUCUGCAAUACGAGACCACCUUGGACACCCAACUUACAGGAAGACUAUAGCAAGCGUUCCUUGGAUGACCUUUUAGGGUACCAAGGCGAAAUAUUUUGCAACAGAAGCUUAAAUAUGCAGUCCAUAGAGGCAGUAGGAUUUGAUAUGGAUUAUACUUUGGCGCAAUAUACUCCGGAAACCUUUGAAGUAUUGGCUUACGAAGGAGCUUUGAAAAGACUCGUCAGCAUAGGUUAUCCGAAGCAAAUACUCGACUGGAAAUAUGACCCCAGUUACUAUUUAAGAGGUCUCAUCAUAGACAAAGCAAGAGGCAAUAUUCUCAAAAUGGAUAGACACAAAUAUGUCAAAUUGGCAUACCACGGUUUCAAACCCCUUACCAAAUCACAACGAGAAAAACUAUAUGAUCAAGAACCAGCUACUCCAACUUCUCUUCAUGACAGCAAUUAUGUUCCUCUGGAUACUUUAUUCUCAUUACCAGAUGCUUACCUGUUUAGCCAACUGAUUCGACUAGCAGAUGAGCACCCACAAUUGCUGAAUAGAUCCUAUUCUUCCAUUUUUGAUGAUGUCCGUAAAGCUGUCGAUAUAUGUCAUCGAGAUGGCUAUAUUAAAGAUAAAGUUGCUAUCGAACCUAGUUAUUAUGUCGAAAAGGACCCUUAUCUGUUCGAUACUUUGAAACUUUUGAAAAAGUCAGGUAGAAAACUGUUUCUGCUUACCAACAGCUUAUGGGAAUAUACCAACGUAUUGAUGAACUAUCUUUGGGGCAAUCCAUCGCGCGUAUAUACUUUGGAUUGGAUGGACUAUUUCGAUCUCGUUAUAGUGGGAGCAGCAAAACCUACUUUUUUAGUGGACUCAAACUUGCCACUUUAUCGAGUAGACCCUUAUACGGGUCAAUUGAAGAAUGCAGAACUUUUUGAUUUUCAUUCGGAUGAUAAUCAUUUGGUUCAUGGCAAGCUAUUUCAAGGUGGUAAUUGGAAAUACUUGCAUCAUCUAUUAAAAGUGUCAUCCGGGUCUUCCAUUCUUUAUGUUGGUGAUCAUAUGUAUUCCGAUAUUCUUCGUACAAAGUUGCAGUUGGGAUGGCGUACGAUGUUAGUUAUUCCAGAAUUGGAAAGAGAAGUCAAUAUGAUGCAACAGUUAAAUGUCCAGAGACAACAUGUGGAUGAGUUGAGGAGACUAAGAGAUGACUUGGAUGAAUGGUUGGAUCGCCUAGAGUCGGAGUUAGUACAUAGAGAAGAAGUGGAUUCGGAGUCUAGAAUGGAAACUAUCCAAGCAGAGUUGGAUCAGGCAAGAAAAGAAUAUAGGCGAACCAAAGAGGCGUUAGAUAUAACUUUCAAUACUUAUGAUUCCAAGUUUCAUCCCAUUUGGGGUCAGUUAUUUAAGACUGGUUAUCAGAAUUCCUAUUUUGCUCAUCAAGUGGAAACCUACGCAUGUUUAUAUACGAGCAGAGUGAGCAAUAUUCGUUUGGUUUCUCCAGAGAUUCAUUUUCGUUGUAUGGUGGAUUAUAUGCCACAUGAUCGGUUAGAAGAGGCACCUUUUCGGAGAUUGAUGAGAAGGCGAUUGAGAUUGCGUCGACAAAUGUUGGAAGAGAAACAAUCGGAAGGAAAUGAUUCCGUCAAAGAUAAUGAGUUGGAAUCCCAUAAGAAAGUUGAGUAAUGUUUAUUCAUUUCUGUGGGUUUUGUUUGUCUUGUACUGUUGAUGAUGAUGGGAAGGAGUUUGUAGACAAUGUUGCCAUUGCGAUACGAUAGUAGGAUGACCAUACCAAAGUCCUCCAGGAGAACGAGGAGAAUGCCAUACUCCAUCCAAUACGAUAUUCCAAGCAUCUUUUAAAGUGGCACAUGGAACCGGAAUAAUUCCAUCUCCUUCACACAAGUGAGUUCCUAAAGUCAUUUGAUAAGAAAUAUAGGCAGUCCAUUCUUGUGGUUUCCACCAUUGGGGGUUUUUACAACCCGUUCCAGCCACACAGACAUAUUGAAUAUGGGAGUGAAAGGCAUCAGGAAAUUGUUGGUUGACAUAGUCUAAAUUAGUUUUGGUUAAAGUUUGUUUGCUUCUAUGCGGUGUACCUAAACAAACCAGAGUGGAUACCCACUUUUGACAAUCAUAUUGUACUCCGCAAUAAACACCACUGCCUAACCAUAUUCUGCAUAUCCAACCUGCCGCAGAGUGUGCAACCAAGUGGACUUUAUCUGUUUCACAAUCUUUCAAUACUUGUUGCACGGUCAUACUAAGUUUCUCCAAUAUAGGUGUAACAGGGCGACCUCCGAUGGUAGGUAUCCAGUGGUGCCACUGAAUAGGUGCAAUAAAGCACUUCCAUCCAAA